AUGUCACUCCUCUGGGAUGCGCAGACCGGCGGCGUGCCAAAAUACAGAGCUGUUGUUUAUCCUGAGGUCUUCGAAGGGCGGGAUGAAAACACGAAAGUUCUUAGAAUAAACGAUGAGAUAACUUUAAACCUGCAGCCGGGCUCCAUCCUCCAUGAAGACUUCUUCCUGAGAACGUACCGCGAGGGAUUUCCAGAGCAUCGAUACUUCGACGUUGAGAUACUACAACAAGACUUGUAUUAUGACAGCAGUGAACUAGCGGCAGUCAUACUUUCCGAAGAAGACGGGACGUUGAAAGUGGAAGGCGUCGUUGGACCUAAAUUGAAAAUCAGGCCGAUUGAAGGGAGCGAGCGCUCUGAGAAUGGCCGCCAAGCCCACGUCGUUGACACCAUCGAAGAUGCUGAUUCUGACAACGUUUACGGGAAACUCAGAAAGGACAUCCGUAUCACUGAGCGUUCUUCGCAAGCGCGCACGGGCUUCGAUCCAACUGCCUACAACGUGGAAGUUGUUUACCCUGAAUUAUUCAUGGUCUGCGAUUCAAGGUUUGCCAGUGGGUUUACUGAAGUAUCACACUUGAUCAAGUAUGUAAUGGUCAGCCUCCAAGUUGUUAACAUACGCUACCGCACCGUUUCUCAUCCAAAGGUUCACCUUCUCUUGCGUGGCAUAGAAGUGAGCAAUUAUACGCAGGAGCAUUUGUACUAUGAAUACCUGCGUGAAGGUGGUAUAGAUGCCCUGAAAUCUCUUUAUAACAUCGUUGAAUACGUCAAGAAGCGAGCUGAAGCGUACGAAUCAUUCGAUUUAAUCUACUUUCAAACAGGGUACGACAUGGUUGCAGUACAGGGAACAAGAAGAGAGGAGAGUCUUUCAGGAUAUGCUUUCGUUGGAUCCGCCUGCACUGCCAGCCGCGAGCAACUUGGUGAAGACACUGCUUACACUUACCGAGGAAUUCGAAUUACAGCACACGAAAUUGGGCACACGUUGGGGUGUUCGCACGAUGGUACGGCGAUUGAUGGUCACGUGAAGGGAUUUAGAGCGGACUCUACGAAUUGCCCAUGGGAUGACGGCUACCUGAUGAGCUAUGUCGAACAGGACAUCAGGAGCAUGCGAUUCUCAUCUUGUUGCAAUUACGACAUAUCUCGACUGUCAUGGAUGUAUGAAACAAGUUGCUUGCGAACGAACUCUUCAGUAAUAAUUUCUAAGAAGUGGAAAACUGUUUUUAAAUUACCUGGAGAAUAUUUAAAUAAAGAUAAACAGUGCCAACUUACUUAUCCGACUCUGCGACGAACGUAUUUCAUCAAGUGCAUGCUCCAGCACAACGAACGAUGA